AUGAUGGGCCUGCCGACGUACUUCCAGCUGAGCUCAGGACAUGCCAUCCCGGCCGUCGGCCUGGGCACUUGGCAAUCCCGGCCGAACGAGGUCAAGAAUGCGGUCGAGACGGCUCUGCGGUUGGGCUACCGCCACAUCGACGCCGCCGCCUGCUACGACAACGAGAAGGAGGUGGGCGAUGGGAUCAAGGCCGCGGGCGUCGCCCGGAAGGACAUCUUUCUGACAGGAAAGCUGUGGAACACGCACCACAAGCCAGAGGACGUCGAGCGCCACCUCGACACGACCCUGGCCGACCUGCAGACCGACUAUCUCGACCUCUACCUGGUCCACUGGCCCGUGGCCUUUGAGCCGGCCGGUGAGGCCGUCCGCUUUCCCGUCGACCCCAAGACGGAGCAGAUCGCUGUCAUCGACGUGCCCAUGGCCGACACCUGGAGGGCCAUGGAGGCUGCCGUGCGCAAAGGCAAGGUCCGUACCAUUGGCGUGUCCAACUUUACGCGCCAGCACAUCGAGGACCUCUGGCAGACCGCCACCAUCCGCCCGGCCGUCAACCAGAUCGAGGCGCAUCCGUAUCUGCAGCAGCCUGACCUGCUAGAGUGGUGCAGACAAAACAAUAUUGUCGUCGCUGCCUACAGUCCCAUGGCCAACAACAUCUACAACCUGCCACGGGCCAUCGAUGAUCCGGUCGUCAUUGAGCUGGCAAAGUCCCUCGGCAGAGAGCCGGCACAGGUGCUCCUCAGCUGGGCAGUCCAGCGAGGCACCGUUGUGCUGACUAAGUCGGUCACACCAGCACGCAUUGCGCAGAAUCUUCAGGUCUCGGAGCUGCCCAAGGACGUGUUCGACAAGUUGAACGCGCUCGACCGCCACAGCCGUUACAACUUCCCCAAGCGUCUCGGCGUCAAUAUCUUUGGCGAGUGGACCGAGGCCGCGCUCAAGGCGGCCGUCGAGGAGUGGAAGGAGGCCCAGAGGGAGCUGAAGGCGGCAGCAUCGUUGAAGGCUUGA